GGAACUGGACAGAAAGGACCUCAGCCCCCCAAACAAGUGCCUAACAGGGAGCAUUAUUCCAGAAUUUCAUAUUUGAUUCAAGCUUCCAACUAUUUUAAUAAUGAUCCCAAAUAUUCUGUGUUGUCAAGGAACUUGACGAGGACGGCAGACCUUGUAUCAAAGAAGACAGUAUCCAAGCUUACUCCGAACUUGAAGAGAAUGAUAUGUUCUAGAUGUAAUACGUUGUUGGUCCAUGGGUUGACGGAGACAAAAACGAUUGAAAAUUCAUCAAGACUGAAAAACUAUAAAAGUGAUAUACUAGUAAGUCGAUGCCAAACAUGCCGAGCAGAAAAGCGGUUCCCAAUAGGAAAAGAUUUGGAUUACACUUUAUUCAGCGAGAGAGAA